AUGGAUGAGCAAGCACGCUACCCGAUGGCGGCCAAAGCGGCAACGGAAGAUGUUUAUAUGGACGAUGUUCUAAGUGGCGCGGAUAACCCAGAGGAAGCAUUAGAGAUGCGAAUUCAAUUGGACGAAAUGACACAGAGAGGUGGAUUCCGUUUGAGAAAAUGGGCGUCAAACUGCCCAUUGGUGCUGCGGGGCAUACCAGAGACAGACUUAGCGAUAGUGAAGGUAGAAGGAGUAGAGCUAGAUCCUGACCCAGCUGUAAGAACUCUAGGGCUAGUAUGGCAUCCAGGAGCAGAUGUCCUGAAAUUCCGUUUCAAGAUUCCCGAGACAAGCAGAACCGAGAUUUUGUCAAAGCGAAGAGUUCUGUCAGUCAUUGCGACACUAUUCGAUCCGUUAGGUCUGAUAGGACCAGUAAUCACAUCAGCAAAAGUAUUUAUGCAGCUGUUAUGGUGCUUGGAAGACGAGAAAGGAAGAAAAUUAGAUUGGGACCAGCCAUUACCAUCUGUUGUGGAUACCGAGUGGCGUAAUUUCCAAGCACAGCUGCCACAACUGAACAAACUGGUUAUCGAUCGCUGUGUGAUCCAGCCAAAAGCAGCAAAUGUAGAGCUGCAUAUAUUUUGUGAUGCAUCAGUGCAAGCAUACGGUGCUUGUGCUUACACAAGAAGCGUGAGUUCGUCUGGAAAUGUUAAGGUGGUGUUACUGACGUCAAAAUCCAAGGUGGCACCAUUAAAGUGCCAAUCCAUUCCAAGGUUGGAACUAUGCGGAGCAUUAUUGGCAGCGCAGCUUUCAGAAAGGAUCCUGGAAGCGAUUAAGAUGGAUGUGGAAGUGUUUUUCUGGACAGAUUCAACUUGUGUCUUGCAGUGGAUAAAAGCUGUCCCAUCAACAUGGACAACCUUUGUGGCCAACCGCGUGGCAAAAAUUCAAGGAUUGUCGGAGAAGCGAAUCUGGCGUCACGUUUCCGGAAAUCUGAACCCUGCUGACUUAAUUUCCCGUGGGGUUAAACCGGACCAACUUAAAGGGUGCAGCCUCUGGUGGAAAGGUCCGCCUUGGCUCUGGACUGAUAAAGAUACCUGGCCAAAUCAAGGCAACUCGCUAAUAUCAGAGGAAGUGGCCAAAGAAGGUCGUCGAACGACAGCUCACUGCACAAAUCAACAGGAAGACUUCAGUAGCUGGUACGUACAGAAAUUCUCAAAUUUCACGGAUCUGGUGAGAUGUACUGCUUACUGGCUACGAUUGAUGGAUAUCUUGAGGAAAGUUGAACCUACCAAGCGACGAUACGGUGUGCUCCAAGUAUCAGAACUACGGGAAGCUGAAUAUGUGGUCAUUCGUCGUAUGCAACAAAACGUGUUCAAUGGGGAGUGGAAGGUACUUUCGGCAGGUGGUACGGUAGCCAGGAGCUCGCCAUUACGCUGGUUUCAUCCUAGGCUGUCACAGGACAAACUUAUUCGUGUUGGAGGUCGAUUAGAACAUUCAUCAGAACGUGAAGGUACCAAGCAUCCGAUUGUCCUACCAGCAAGGCAUCCGUUCACCAAAAGGCUUUUGGAACACUAUCAUCAUAAAUUACUUCAUGCAGGACCACAGCUGCUACUGGGUGCAAUUAGAUUACAAUAUUGGCCACUAGGCGGCCGCAGUGUGGCAAGAGAAGUAGUGCACCAAUGUAUCCGAUGUUUCCGAGUAAAACCGAAGACAGUUGAACAGUUCAUGGGAGAACUUCCAGCGGCUCGUGUAACUGUAUCAAGACCAUUCUCCAACACCGGUGUGGAUUAUUUCGGUCCGGUAUACGUUCGGCUGACACCGCGUAGAGCUGCUGUGAAGGCGUAUGUGGCAGUAUUUAUCUGUAUGUGUACCAAGGCGGUGCAUCUCGAGUUGGUAACGGAUCUGUCAACCGAAAGAUUCAUUCAAGCAUUACGCAGGUUCAUUGGUAGACGAGGAAGGGUUACUGAUCUCUAUUCGGAUAAUGGAACCAACUUUGUCGGUGCCCGUAAUCAGAUGAAGCAAUUGUUUGUGCUACUAAAAAGCAGAGAACAUCACGAGGCGGUAGCUAGGGAAUGCACCAAGGAUGAAAUUCAGUGGCACUUCAAUCCUCCGAGUGCUCCACACUUCGGAGGUCUUUGGGAGGCAGCAGUCUGUGAAUCAUCAUCAUCGCCGUCAUCCAGCGAUAUAACGGCAGCAGCAGCAGCAGCUCAGUAUCCGUCAUCCCGCUAG